AUGGAGUCUUCGCUAGCUUCGCCUCAAACGACUUUCGUGCAGAGCGCACGGUCAAGGUAUGAGAGCGUCAUCCUGGAGCAUGAAGGGCAGAGAGUUGAGGAUGCGAAUCACCUUCGGAUCGGGGAUGUGUUCAGCAUCGUGUGCGCGGACAUUCCUGGAUCGAUGAGCUCCGAUGGGUUUGUAGAUGAGAACUGUUGGCUGAGACGCAACUUCGACCUUGCGGAUGGAGCCGACGAUGUAGACUCGCUGUUUGUUGUGUAUGCAAAGGAGAAUCAUGCAGCUCGUAUCAAGUACAACUCAACACUGCAGCACGUGGACAGUCUGGUCGGGAUGACAGACGUGCAGAAGAAAAAGAUGCUCGCGAGCCUCCUCUCCGACAUGCAGAACGAGCAGAUGACGAACGAGUCAGAGUCCAGGAGGAACCUGGGGAAGGUUGUCAAGUUCGGGGACAAAGUGCAGCUGAAGCACUUCAAGAGCGGCAAGAUGUUGAUCGCUGAGCAAGUGGGCAAGAACGGCUCCUCCGUGGCAGGAGUGAAGAUCAGGAGGGACUACGACGAGAACUCAUGGUUUGUCUUCACUCCAAGGUACAAGAGUCACAACCUCUACGAUCCAGUCCGCUACCAUGACAGCAUCUGCAUCGCCGCCUUUGCAGCAGAGACGUUCGUGCAAGUCGCCGCAGACAAGUCGGAGGAUCCAGCGCACAACCUGCUGCCCUACGACGUCCAUGAAAUCUUCUCGUACCGAGACACCUGCAACUGGAAGCUGAGAAAGCAUGCGAGGUGGGACAGCUUCGGCCCCAGCUUCGUCAGGGGAGGGAGUGUAGUCAGGCUGACCCACAAGGAGCACGACCUCUACGUCUCCUCCAUCGUGCGGGGGGAGGAGUGCGAGCUGGGGCUGGAGAAGGAUGAGUUGGGGCUGAUGGCAUUCUCGCUGUGGAGGUUGGAGCUGGAGGGAGGGGAGACAGGUCGGCAGGUCGAGUACGGCGACAACUGUAUGCUGCAGAACCUGUUGACUGGGCGGUACCUCUGUCUCAGCAAGCAAGGGCUGGAGAUGGCGCUAGAGAGGAACUACGAUGCUCGUCUCACGUUGGAUCCUGUCUUCCUUACCUCGGGCCUAAUGCGUUGGGGGGGCUGCUGCCAUAUUCGCUCGCGAGAGCAGAAGGCGUACCUCCAUGCGCAGCACGAGCAUGACGGGAAGAGGUCGACGCUGACGAUGAUCGAGUGGUUGAACAAGGGGGAUGUCUUCGAUGUGCUGCCUGUGUCUGAGGAUGUGGAGGUAGCGUGCAGGACGAUGUUGAGUCUGGAGAAGGCGCUCAGGUUGUACCAGUCGCUGAUCAACAUGAAGGACUUCCAGGUCAAGGUCAACAUAUCGACCUACAACCACCUGUCCACCCUCAAGGUGCUUGAAGAUGCCAUCAACAACUGCAACGUCUCUCAUCACAACCGCUCCAUGUUCUGGAAGCACCUGCUGAGAAACAGCAAGGUGCUGGUGCUUGUCGUCGAGCUGGCUCUCUCCAUCUACAACCUCUGGAGCUCGUCGGAGCACAAGAACGGGGAGUUCGAGUCCCUCCGCUCCAUCUACUUCCGCUGCCAUGAGCUCUUGCAGAGCGCAUGCUACAACUGCUUCGCCAACGGCAAGACGAUCUCUUCCUUCAUCCGCGACUUCGACAGCCACUUGCGGAACCCGGUCUGCACCGAGAUCGUCGGAGAGACUAUCAAAGUGAUCAUACAUGAGAACGAGGAGUUGAUUGGCAACACUCAAGAAUCUGACAUCGACCAAUUCAUCUCUACCCUCCAGACAUCUCACGACAACCUUCCGCUGCUCCUCAAGAUCUUCACGUCGUACGCUAAGUGCGGAGACAAGGGGAUCAUACAUCUUCAAGACUACAUCUCCCACAAGCUGCUGCAGGACCUCUCCAAGUUCCUGAUCAAGACUCACAAGGGGGACAAGGACAUGGCGGAGGUCGUGUACCAGCAGGGCAAGGCGACCAAGACCAUCGACCUCGAGGCCGUGUGCGUAUCACCAGCGUACGAGGGAGUCUUCCACCUCUACCUCGUGUGUCUCGAGCUCUACGAGAGCCUCUGCAUCGGCUGCAACCACCGCAGCCGUCAAGUGAUCAACAAGCUCGUCAGCUACGACGCUCUCCUCAGCUCUCUCGAGGGAGAAAAGCUUCCCUUGUCCCUGCUGCGGAGGUUCGCCAGGCUGAUGCUCGUGCUGUACGUCCAGCGCAACCCCAGCGACUACGUCCAGCUCCACAUCUCAACGCAGCUUCUCCACGAGAUCGACGAGGCUCUCGACCUGCCCCGCCCAACCUUCGAGCUCGACAAAAUAUUCCGAGACUUCCGCCCUCUGAAGAAGUGUGUGGUGAACAACCUGUUGAACUCGGCCAAGUUCGGGCUCCUCAACAAGAACAACGGCCAAGAGGCGCUCAAGGACGCUCUCCUGUACAGCCUGUCGCUGGCCGAGCUGUGCUCCGAGCUGUUGAGACUUGGCUGCUUCUCUGACUACGAUGAGAUGAACAGCUCGCUCAUCCCUUGCCUUCUGUCCCACCUUGACAAGCGAUACGUCCCCGACGAAUGCGCUGAUCGUUCAGACAACAGAGUUGAGAACGAGAUCAGAACGACGCUGCUCAGGACCAAGCUUGCAGUCUGCCGCAUGCUCGACUUCGUCUGCGACCUGAGGCUCAAGAUCAGGCUCCCCAAGCUCCUCUCUGUGUACAAGGUUGCGAUUCCAUCGAGCAGGUCCAGGUCCUUCGGCCCCGAGGACGUGGAGAGGUUGGAGGAGCUGCUGAGGACGAACCACAGGGAUGAGAUGGCGAAGCUGAUCUCCUACCUCUCCCUCUCCAACGGAGGGGGAGGAAACAGGCUCGCAGACAACCUGCUCCACCUUCUCAAGUUUGACAUGAAGGAGCUUUCGCUAGUCGCCCUCAAACUUCUCUUCCGUGAACAUUCGCCGAGGUUGGAGCUGUACAGAGAGUUGAACAACAUACAGAUUCUCUUCGACCCUGGCUCCAUCAGCGCCUACAAGAAGUGCAAGGAGAGCAUGAGAACGCUACACAAGCACAGAGCUCGCCUCCUCCGCUCCCUCCGCUCCUCCUUCAAGACCGUCGCCAUCGACCUCGAGGAGCUAAGCGAUGUUUGCAGAGCUGUAGCCUCAGUCUCCGACAUCUGCAGGCCGAGAGAGGAGACGGCAGAGGAGGUCAGAGUCUCGAUCCACAACAAGGAGACCGUCCGCCGGUCCCGCGUCCACCUACUCAUCGUCGAGGUACUGGAAGCAAGUAUCAAGUGGAUCUCAGCUUCGACGCUGUCGUAUGAUCCGAGGGAAGCUGAGAGGGGAGUGCUGGAACAGAGGUUUCUACGGCUGCUCUACCUCUGCUUCCGCUUCAUCGACAGCUUCUGCCGCCAUGCUGAAGAGAACCAGAUGCUGCUGUCCAAGCAUGUCGACCUCCUCCUCGUCUUCAUCGGACGUGGGCUCCAUGUUACCAGAGCUCUGUCCUCCAUCUUCCAGGACAACUGGAAGUUGUCGAAUGAGGUGGAGGAGAAGACCAUUGCUCGGAUCAUCCAGCACAUCAUAUCAGGGUCAGACCACAAGUACCGCAAGCCUCACUACCUCGACUUCUUCUGCUCCGUCUGCCUAGUAGGCGGCACCCACGUCUCCAAAAACCUCCAGUACACCUUCAAGCAGCUGUGCCAGUACGGGCCGUACAAGUGCGAGGGGUCGAGGAGCCUGGGCGGUGCCGACGACAGGUCGCCGGAUACGGAGGAGGAGGCUCUGCUGCUUUUUCGAGGGCAGGGCGGGAGGCGGAGGAAGGUAGAGCUGCUGGCAAACGGAAGGUCUGCCGCCAAUCUGACAGACAAGGUCCUGCACCUCCUGUCGACGGUACACAGCGGGAGCGAAGAGAAGGCAUCCAGGGUAACGUUCACGGAUGCUCUGGAGAAGCGAUCAGUGUUCCACAUGGCGUACCAUGUGAAGCUGCUGAACUUGCUCAUCGUCAUGCUGGAGGAUCCCAACUCAGAGCUGCACUUCCAGGUUCAGAGUCUGCUCCCUCCGACCAAGUUGAAGGAGGAGAUCUUGUCUGAAGAGACGCUGCCAUGCGCCAAGAUGCACCUGCUCAGGAUCAUGCGGCUGUUGUACCUCAGGAACGACCAGCCCAUCUCCCAUCCGAUCCUCCAAGAGAACCUGUGGGACAUCAUUCAGUACGUGCAGGAGACGGUCAGGUCAGUCAGCCUGCGAGAGUUCUCGGUGCUCUUCUCUCCUCGUUCCUUCAACUUCUCCCAGCUGUUCGUCAACGACUGGGCUCCCUUCAUCAAGGACGUGCUGGUCAAGGAGGAGGUCAUGGAGCAGACGAGCGAGGACAACAUGACAUGCCUUAGCCUUCUUGUCGACCGCAUUGUCGACAUUCUUAACGAGCGAGCGCUGAACGCUGACAGGGCCUCCGUCCUCGUCGACAUCUACGAGAUCGUUCGGUCCAGGCACGUCAUCUCCACCGCCGUCCUCACCGACCGCGCAAAGCAGCACAUGCAAGUCGACUCGAGCCGCAGGAGGCUGUCGGACGUGCGAGUGAGCCAAGAGGAGGAGGAGCAGCAGCAGGACUACAACCUGAAGGACAUCAAGGACCUUGCUUCGGAGUUGAUGCAGGGCGUCGAGCUCUUUGCGCAGGCUUUUCUGCAGGCUGUUGACCCCGUUGGGCGGCAGGAGACGGCUGCUGAUGGGGAGAAUGGGAGGCUCGUGCUAGGGCAGGACAGAGAGGAGAUGUUGAACCUUUGCAACAGCAUCCAGUUGCUGAAGGAGACGAAAGUGAACCUCUCCUCGUCGAGCUCGAUCUCGGAGGAGCCGACGAUGCUGUUCCAGGCGGAUCAGGCGAAGUACAUGGUGGAGCUGCUGAUCAAGAACUGCUCUGGAGGAGGAGACAUUGUUGAGCACGAGAUGCUGAUUGCGCUCAAGGUGUUGAGAAUCCUCACAGUAAGGUGGAGGAGAGCUGUCUCCGACGAGCUCCCGCCCGAGUGGCUCAGGAGUGAGGUUCCAUCCCUUCUUGUCACACUGAUGAGCGACAAGAACGUCAGCGACCGGCUCGCCUACUGUUGCAUGGAAGUUGGGAUCGAGCUCCUUCAGAGCGCGGGGCAGGUGUUCCAAGAGUCGUUCUACGAGGUGAUCAGCAUCAUGAAAGGAGCCCCGGACUUCUUCGCGGAGCUCCAGCGGAGGAUCAAGAGGGGGGAGCGGGAGGCGAAGGAGAAGCAUUCGUCGAGGAGAGGGGCCAGGGAGCAGCACAGGGCCACUGCAGGGCAGGACGGCAGCCUCCACUCGCUGGUGGUGCGAGCGAUCAGGAUGAAAGGAGGGAUGGGAGAGUCUCAGGUCAAGCACAUCAUGCGCUUCCUCCACCUGCUCUGCGAGGGUCACAACCUGAAGCUGCAGAACUUCCUGCGGUUCCAGCAAGGGAGCGCCCGGUCCGUCGACCUCGUGUCCAGUGCCGCCUCCUACGUCGACGGAGUCGUGCAGUACAUCUCAUGCCGGACGGUGGAGGAGGUUCAGGUCGCAAUGCUCGCCAUCGCUGAAUUCACUCAGAGUCCUUGCCGGGGCAACCAGGUGGCGCUGGUGGAUACGAGGCUGUGCGCUUGUGCCAACGAGAUUCUGAGCCUCAACAUGGCGAGGACUAGCUCGAAGGUCGAGGAGGAGGAGGAGGAGGAGUACGAGAAGAACAUCUUCAAACUGAAGGCGGCUACUGCUACAGUACUCCUUGCCCUCCUGGAGUGCGUCGACCGUUCUUAUAUCCCAGAGAGGAUGCUUGCUUCUUUGAACGCCAACAACCUCAUCGACAACAUGAACCUCUUGCUGCGCAAGUACAACCCGAACAGACUUCGGACUCUCAAGUCCCUCCAUGACUGCGAGAAGAUCAAGCUUCACAUACCGAAGCACUUCGACGCCUCCUUCUGGGAUAUCCCGCACACGACUGGGGAGAGCGAGGAGGACAAGGAGGCUGAGACUAUCGCCCAGCACUACUACAUCACAUACAUCACUCUCGCAGAGUUCGACAACACCGGGACCUUGCAGAAGGCGUGCACAGAAGAAAACAUAUGGGACCUGAACAACUUGAAGCGGAAAGUUGGUGUGAUAGAGAUCAGCAGGAAAGGAGUGUUGGAAAGAGCUUACUUCAUCAUCCCAGACAUCUGCCAGUACCUUACCGUCACCUCCAAAAAGCGCUUCAUCUACAACGUCAAACGGACCAACUUGCAAUCUCAGCUGACGGGUUUCACGGAGAGAAUGGAGGAGUUCUACGAUGAGAUGAGGUAUCAGCAGCUGCUGAACCAGCAUCCCCUCCUGCGCUUCUUCGGCCUGUCCUACCGCGUGAGGGAGCAAGCCUUCUUCUUCAACGCCUGCCUCAUCAACCUCGUCAUCCUCUUCUUCUACGCGUACGAGUGCAACGGGUCGUUCGACUGCGGCGACAACGAGGACUUGAGGACGUACAAGGUCCGCCCUGUGGCCAAGGAAUGUCUGAUCGCCCUCUCAGUCGUCCAGUUCCUCCUCGCCAUCACGCGGCAGUGGUGGUACGUGGUAGAGCGAGGGAUCCCCAGGAUCAAGCAGCUCAUUCAGAGACACAGCUACCUCCCUCCGCAGAACCGCCUCCUCCAGCUCCUCCUCUCCCUCCCCCCCGAUCAGUCCGACCCCAACUACCGCCAUCGACGACUCAAGGUCCGACCGAGCGCGCUGCAAGUGAGGAAAGUCGACUUUGUGAGCGUGUUGUACCUCUUCUCGGACCUCUUCUUCUGGUGGAUAACGCUCAUGUCCCUUGCAAGCCUCCUCGCGCUCGUGCUCUCGUCGGAGGGGCGAUUCUUCUUCCUCCUCAUCCACCUCCUCGAAGUGUUCAAUCACAGCCGAGUGCUGCGCAACGUGAUCAAGUCCAUCACAUACCGUGGGGCCUCGCUGAUCCAGACUGCCGUGCUGCUCGUCAUCAUGUACUACAUCUUCGGCGUCGUAGGCUUCCUCCUCUUCCCUGAGAAGUUCCGCUUCGAGAGGGCCAACAUCGAGGGAGGUCGCAGGCUGGACCCGAACAACAACGGAGCGCGGUGUACUUCAAUAUGGAAGUGUACCCUGGUGGUCCUGGACAUGGGCCUGCGCAAGGGAGACCUUGGUGAAGCUCUCCAUGAGAUCCCUUGGACCGUCGACGACCCUUCCAGUCCCGAUCGCUAUCUCAUCGUGUACCGCAUGGUGUACACGUUCCUGUUCUACGUGAUGGUCACGACGAUCCUGAUGAACAUCAUCUUCGGUAUCAUCAUCGACACCUUCGCGGAGCUGCGCGAGAAGAAGGAGGAGCUGGAUGAAGAGAUUACGGGGAAGUGCUUCAUCUGCGGCCUCGACCGCAUCCUCUUCGACCAGGAGAGCAGGACGGGAACGGGCUUCGAGGACCACAUAGGAAGAGAGCACAACCUCUGGAACUACCUCUACUUCUUCGUGUACCUCAAGGAGAGGGACUAUGACGACUACUCCGGCGGCGAGUCUUACGUCUUCAGCAAGGUCCUGACCCUGGUACGUGACCCGGACACCCACGAGGUCCUCUGCGACAAAGACACUGGCAAGCAGCUCAAGGUCGCAAAGCAGAAGGUCGACCUCCUCUGGUUUCCUCAGAGAGCCGCGAUCGUUCUUGGCGCUCAUGGAGAGGGCAAGGAGGAGGAGCUACUCAAGAAGCUGGAAGAUGUUCACCAGAGCUCAGCAGCUAUCAAUCACUCGCUAUCCCACCAGCUCGAUAAGGUGCUCGCCGCUACCAGGAAACGAUACAACCAAGAGGAAUGA